AUGAUCACCGAGGAAAAGUGGCCUAUCCAACAACCUCAAGUUUCGCCUUCGCCUCACCAUCCACAUCCCGCAAUGUCCCCAACACAAAUGAACGGUAUGCCCACCGACAACUAUAUACCACCGUAUCCGUACGACGGUCAAGCCGCGCAAGGUCAAAUGCACCCCCAACCAAUACCCGUUGAUGACACUUAUGCGAACAUGUUGGUAUCACAAAAGCAAGGGUUUGUUACCGUCCCUCAGAAUAAUAGACAAACCUCGUUUCAAAGGUGUUUUGUGUCAAUGCCCAGGCAGAAUGGUUCCCCCGGUGGCAAUGCAAAUUCGACAACGAAUCCCGCUGUCGAUCGUAAGGCCAUUGACAAUCGUCCGGCGUUCACCACGACAUCCUUCCACGCUACCUCAUUUCCACAGAGUACGGCGAUAAGGAAACGAAGGCCCGACGCCAUAGGUUUUCAAGAUGCCGGCCCAUUCUUCUCCGUGACCCACCAGCACUACAAUAUUCAUAGUAUGGAUAGAUCCAUCAGUUAUAAACUUCAAAUCAACUCCAAAGUCGACCGCGGUUUCUUCCUGGCCGAUAAUGAUUGGACGUGCUAUCGAAGAAAUUAUUUCCAGAUCAGUAGCGCAUUCUCCUUCGUGACCUCACAUCCUCUCAAUGAAUCCGACGUUCCGUGCCUGGUCGAGGUCGACGGUCAAUUUCAUCCCGUCACCGGUUUCCUGUUGGGCAUCACGGCGCGUGUUUCGAAUAGCGACAAGAAGAUAGAAUUGGUCCAGCACACUCCAAAACGUGACAAGGGUCCGCAGAUGGUCCCGGUGCCAAAGCCGAUUCGUGCCGGUGGCAACCUGAACUUGAGUUCGGUUGGUUCGAAUUCGAACAUCGUCACCUUCGAACGCAUCCAGUUCAAGACCGCCACCGCGAACAACGGUAAACGUCGUGCUGCACAACAAUACUAUGUGGUGAUCGUAGAUCUCUACGCGCAAGUUGAGAGCGGCGAGCAAUACCAGGUGGCCAGCUCCACCUCCGCUCCAUUGGUGGUUCGCGGGCGUUCGCCUGGUCACUAUGCCGACAAUCACGAGAACCGUUACAACCCGAUGGCCAUGAAUCCAGCGUACCCAAAUGAUCGACACAUAAGUUUCUCACAUCCGCAGGGACCGAACGGUGCGGUGAUGCCACAAGAUUUCAGCAGCGCACCUUUCCAGGGAUCAUACGGUCAGUACCCGCCUUUUCCAAACUUUCCCGGAAACCUGAUGAUGGCCGGUGGUUCCAAUGGACAGGCACCUCCCUUUCAUCCGCAACACCCGCACCAACAAUACAUGGUACCAAGCAUCUCGGACCCGGGAGACCAGCAAAAUCCAGAGAUGUACAAUGACACCGGCAUGGUGAACGGUUCGCACGACCAAAAGAUGCACCCGAAUCACGGGCAGAUGGAAAUGCACAUGGACGGAGUUACCAACACGUCGUCCCCGCAUUCCGCCUUCUCGAAUUUCGAACCACGUCCAGGUGCGAACUCGAAUUCGACGACCGGUAACAAGCCUUACAUGAAAAUCGAGAUACCGCAAUCUUCUGGGAUACCCGAGCAUCCGCUCACCUCGCCCGCUUAUCACUCACAAGAAUACGUAGAUGGGAUACACUUGUAUCAUAACGGAGGUCACUCGGCAAACAAUGCGUCCACGCAUCACGGCGGUUACCAUUCCGACAAUGAGCAGCAUCACAGCAACGGACUAAAUAAUCAUGUAAAUGGACGGCCAUUGCGACCCGACGGUGCCUCAGAAAACGGUCAACAUCACUCGAACGGGGUCGAGAAAUCGGAACACGGUGGAUCAAAGUCACCGCCAUCAAUAAAUAGCAAUACCACGACACCUACGACAGAGCUGGGUAAAGGUCUUAGUCAGUUGAGCUUUCGCAUGAACAACAAGAUCGAAGCCGAAGAUAAACUGUAA